AUGUCCAGAUACACAAUCGCCGGGCCUCAAGGCACGGUGAAGCCCAUCUUAUCGGAAGCCUACUACGAAGAAUAUUACGCGAGAGUGCCAGUGGAUAAACACGUGUCUGAGGAAGAACCUAUCGCAGAUCGCGAAGAGAAUGUGGCGGUAACGGAACCUCAUCAAUACACGCCGUUUGUCAGACUCGACGACCAGCAUCAGGCUUCUUCGUCUGUUGCCAGGAUCCCGUCAACAAGAUAUUGA